GCUGCUGACCCCAAAGGGGAUCUUUUCGAGAAAAAAGAGAAGUGUCCCUCUGCCUUAUAAGGCAGGGGCCGGCUCGCUCGGCUCCGGGGAAGGGGCGGUCGCAGCUCCCUUCUGCCGAGCUCCGUGCGGAGCCUGAAGUUGCGCCCGAAUUCCCGCAGCUCAUCCCGGCGCUCGCCGCAGGAAGCCGGGACGGGAGGCAUCAGGUGGCAACGCACAGCUCGGCCAUGGGGAAAUCAGCUUCCAAACAAUUUGCUGACGAGGUCCUGAAAGCGCACAAUGACUAUCGGAAGAAACAUGGAGUCCCCCCAUUAAAACUCUGCAAGAAGUUAAGCAGAGGAGCACAACAGUAUGCAGAAGAACUGGCCGCCACAAGGGUCCUCAAACACAGCUCUGAGUCUGCUAAUGGAAAAUGUGGAGAAAACCUAGCAUGGGCAUCCUAUGAUCAACCAGGAAAGGACGUAGCUGACAGAUGGUACAGUGAAAUAAAACAUUAUAGUUUCCAAAAUCCAGGGUUUUCUUCUGGGACAGGUCACUUCACAGCAAUGGUUUGGAAGAACACAAAAAAGAUGGGAGUCGGAAAAGCCUCUGCUAGUGAUGGUUCCACCUUUGUGGUGGCUAGGUAUGAUCCAGCUGGAAAUGUAGUAAACCCAGGCUACUAUGAAGAAAAUGUUCUUCCUCCAAGAAAAUAAAAUUUCUUUUUUAAAGGUAGUCUUAUUGCUUAAUGCCAAGUGAAUCUGGUUUUGGACUUGACAGUGUCUGAAGUGAAGUACAAUUAAAUGAAAUUUCUUGUUCAAUACUGCUGUUCCCUUCUUACCUCAGGGACGGCAGUUACUUGAGUCAGCCUGUUGUCUGUAGGUUCCAUUUGUUUCUGAGGGAGCAUCAGUUUAUUUGGAAAUGAAAUAUAGGCAGAAUUUGCAAAGGGUAAGAGCUUGAAAGUUUUUUUAAUAGUUUGCAUUAAUUCUGGGUGAGCAUGUGAGUCAGCACAUGUUGGAUGUCUCUUUUUAAAAAGCAAGUUUAUAGCUUCGUGUAAACUGAAGAUAUCAGUUUGUAAGUAUAUAUUCCAGGUUUUUGGAUAUCUUUUAAUAACUGUAACCUAGCUGUGUCUAUACCUCUUGUUACUCUGGGAUCUAUUCUCUACAGAUGGAUCAUAUACAAAUUCCUCCUUGUGAAAGGUACAUGUGUGUAUUGCAAUGGAAUUCAGACCUAUAUGUUUUUAUUGAAGGAAUCUCAUUGAACACUAUUUAAAAUAUUGCUGGCAAAAAUGUAUCCAUCAAGCAAACUCUAAUGUAUAACCUGAAACCUACAAAAUAUUUCAUUCCUAGCAUUAAAUUUUAAGAAGUAGCACCUAAUGUAUACUUGAACUGAAGUAUAUUUCAAGUCCUAAUCCCAUUUUACAGUUUACAGUACAUACAUUGUCUUAUAAUCAAAUUGUUUACUUCCAUUAAGGAAAACAAGUUAUUCCCUUUCCCUUAGAUAUUUGCACUUGCUUUUUUUUUUUUUUAAUUUAUUGAAUAUUGUCAGUACCUUGCAUAUGAGCCAUCUAACCAAAUCAAAGAAGUACCAGUCUUGGCACGUCUUGUAUCUAGAAAGUUAGGAGCUAAAACUGUGCAUUUGUCAGACAAUAGGGGUACAAUGUAUAGGUAGAUAUCUAGUACCAGACAUGUGUAGAGUUCCCGAUGUUGCACAGGAGCACAGGAGAAAUGUAUGUCUUUCUGGUGCAGCAGUUCUGGCCAAGACAUCGGGUGCAGAAAUACCUCUUAUGUCCCCUGAUUUUAUGAAGAAACCUAGGUGGAAGUAUGUUUUCAAUUAAAAACAAAAAAAGUAAUCUUGCCCAAUUUAUUAGUGUUGCCCCACAGGAAAAAAAAAAGUUUCUUUACAGUAUCUUGCCUUUUGUUUCCCAAUAACCUAUUUUGGUUUCCUACAGAAUACUUCCAGCAAGCAUUAUACUAUACAGACAGUAAUAUUACCACGUGAUCCUUUGUUCCCUUUAGUAAUUUCUCUGUAGGAAAUUGACUUUGUGUUGAUAUCUUAAAAUAAAACUAAAAAUAUUUCCUGAUUUAGACAGAUACCAUGAAACAAUGAUGGUGUAUUUUCCUUAAAAACAAGCAAGCCAAACUUCUGGAAAGAAAUAUUUCUCAUAUAAAAUGUGGGUUAGGCUAUUAUAGUCAGGUACGUAAACUGUGCUUCAGGUUGGGGAUUUUUUUCCCCUGUGUAUUUGUUUUUGACUUCUGAGAUUCUGUAGGCCAAAAUUUGGUUCUCAAAGAGUGCCAUUGCAGAUAUAUUUCU